UUUUCUUUUUUCUUUUUUUUUGAGGAAAUCUUAUUUAUCACCUCCUAUAUCAAAAUUGACUGCGCCACUUUUUAAUAUAAAAUUUGGGUGGCUUGGCAAACUCAAAAUUAUAAAAUUUGUUCAUCGAAGAAUCGUUAAAAAAGCAGCAUUUUAAACAUGUCAAAGUUUGAUCGAAAAGCUGAUGAAAAAUUAGUUUUUGAAACUAGUGAAGAUGUGAAAGUGGUUCCCACCUUCGAUGCCAUAGGUUUAAAGGAAGAUUUACUAAGGGGGAUCUACGCCUAUAAUUUUGAAAAGCCGUCGGCGAUUCAGCAAAGAGCUAUUGUUCCUAUAAUAAAAGGUCGAGAUGUAAUCGCACAAGCACAGUCUGGAACGGGUAAAACAGCUACCUUUUCCAUUUCUAUCCUUCAAUGUAUAGAUACAACAGUUAGAGAAACCCAAGCUCUCGUUUUAUCCCCUACAAGGGAAUUGGCAACUCAAAUACAGAGUGUGAUAUUAGCGCUUGGUGAUUAUAUGAACGUACAAUGUCACGCUUGUAUUGGAGGGACUAGUGUUGGAGAGGAUAUUCGUAAAUUAGAUCAUGGUCAGCACGUUGUUUCUGGUACACCAGGUCGUGUUUUUGACAUGAUUAGACGUCGAAAUUUGCGAACUCGUCAUAUAAAGAUGCUCGUAUUAGAUGAAGCUGAUGAAUUACUCAAUAAAGGCUUCAAAGAUCAAAUAUAUGAUGUAUAUCGAUAUCUUCCACCUAAUACACAGGUCGUUCUUUUAAGUGCUACGUUACCUUACGAUGUACUUGAAAUGACUACAAAAUUUAUGACAGAACCUAUUCGCAUAUUGGUUAAACGGGAUGAAUUGACAUUGGAAGGAAUUAAACAAUUUUUCGUAGCAGUUGAAAAGGAGGAAUGGAAAUUUGAUACUCUUUGUGAUUUGUAUGAUACACUUACAAUUACACAAGCGGUAAUAUUUUGUAAUACACGUCGAAAGGUCGAUUGGUUAACUGAAAAAAUGCGAGAAGCAAAUUUUACGGUUUCAUCAAUGCAUGGAGAUAUGCCUCAAAAAGAAAGGGAUGCUAUCAUGCAGGAAUUUCGUCAAGGCUCAAGUCGUGUGUUAAUUACUACUGAUGUAUGGGCUCGCGGUAUUGAUGUCCAACAAGUAUCUUUAGUAAUAAAUUACGAUUUGCCAAGUAACCGUGAAUUAUAUAUUCAUCGAAUCGGUCGAUCUGGUCGUUUUGGAAGAAAAGGGGUUGCUAUCAACUUUGUGACUUCAGACGAUGUUAGAAUUCUUCGUGAUAUUGAACAGUUCUAUAGUACUCAAAUAGAUGAGAUGCCAAUGAAUGUGUCAGAUUUGCUUUAAUUAAUAAAGUCAACAAUUCAUAGCAAUGAUUAAUCGUCUUCAAUUAGUUUACAAGUUAAAUUUUGUGGAUGCAAUUCAUAAAUAUAAUUAAUCAAAGAUAUUUAGAAUUGAUUCUUAAAAUUAAUUAUAAAUAAUAACAAAUAACAAUAAAACAAAUCCAUAAGAAAAUUGUAUAUUCAAAUAACACUUAACCAGUAAGCAUUUUUCUUUUUUU